AUGACUUACAAUGCGCUCGAGAAUUGGGGGCUGAAUACGUCCGGGCACAAACCGACUCUGCAUUGGUGGUCGGGCAAGUUUUGGGCGAUUAUGAGGUCAACGGAGAACGACUACAAGCUUAUCCAGAUCUGGCCUUGGAAAAGCUUAGUUUGUUCCGGGCGUAUACCGCUCCGUCAUGUUCCCCAAUUGGACAAUGCCGAUGCAGACAUUUUAUCCAAGUUGGCGCAGGAAGCCCCUGAGCAUAUAUCGAAGAUCACUCGGAUUCUGAUGAUUCCGAGACACAGUAUUCACCGCUUGUCGGUCGCGCCAAUUCAACCGGCCGAGGAAACAUGGAUCUCUGAUUUAAUGGAGUAUCUUCAGCAUGGUCAUUUACCGGAUGAUCCACAACGCGCUCGAAAGGAGAAAUUAAGAGCUCCGAGAUUUCAAGUUCAAGACGAUCGUUUGUAUAGACGGUCAUAUGGAGGUCCUUUACAGAGAUGUUUGAAUUCAUUUGAAGCCGAUUUAGUCAUGAACCGGUUGCAUUCAGGCAUAUGUUCAUCUCACCAAGGAGGCCGAUCGCUUGCCCGGCGUAUCAUGGUGAUCGGAUACUAUUAG